AUGAAGCUCUCUUAUCUCUUUCCAUUUGUUGGACUAGCCCAAGCAGUCCCAACGACAAACCCUUCUCACCCUUCUAUUUUUGACAAUCCUACUAUCCCCGUGGGCGACACAAAAGAUCUGCCCGACUUUUCUCACAUCCGGCGAGCUACAGCUGCAACCCAGCAGACGCUCAACGUUUCAUACUGCGAAGUGACCGUCAAAGGUGACCAAGGCUUCUGGCAGAGUUGGCUGGCACAUGAAUUUACUGGCCAUCUGUACGUCACUCAAGGGAUUCCCUCUCCUGGCACAAAGAAUGGCGACAAUAUUUACGACGUGUAUUUGCAAAGCGGGUCUUUCGGACAGGGAGGAUACAUCACAUUCGCCACCAACAAGUACCUACUUCCGUUGCCAUACAAGAUCGGUGGCCCCAAUGUCGACUACGCCAAAGUCAGCAUGACAGACAAAGGUUACAUCCUUUCUGAGCCUGACUACUCCAAUAUCGACAAACCUGCAACCAACUCACCGCUGGUAUUCUACUCCGAGCGUAGCAUGAACCUUGGUAAGAGCUAUGGGCCACCCACCAGAUAUGUGGCCUCUGGUAAAUCGUAUCUUGGUGUGAAGAUAAGCGAUAAGGGAAUUGUUGAUGGAGUUGUUCAGCUGAUCGGGGAGCAGAAUGGGGGACUUGGGUACAUUGCCCGUGUUGCUGGAUGGUGCAGGAACUUUCCUACCCCUAUCAUCGCCUGA